AUGGAAUGUGGUAGUUAUCAACUAUUGAAUGCAUUCAUUUUAUUAGGAAAUUACGUACAAAAAAGAAACAAACCGAACACUGGUUGGAACUAUCAAGGACUAAGUUUGAGGAUGGCUAUUAGUCUUGGUCUUCACAAAGAGAUAAAUACGACUGAAAACUCGAAUUCCCAUAGUUCUCGUUUCUUUGAAGCUCGUGAAAGAAGAAGAAGGUUGUGGUGGGGACUAUUCUUUUUUGAUGUUGGAUUAACUAUUACUUUUGGACGUCCAUUGCAUUUGCCUCUUCUAGAAUCAAUUGAUAUAAAAUACCCAUUGAAUGUUGAAGAUAUAGAGAUUGAAAAUUUAAAAGAGGGUUAUAACCCACAUACGCUCAUUAAACCAUAUCCUACCAUCUAUGCCGGGAUACAACAAGAGGCAAGGCUUUCAAAAAUUUCCUAUAGAGUUUAUAGUUAUAUCACUAAAGUCUGUGGUGCUAACGUUGAAAAUACUAAAUUGAAAAUGUCAGGAUUAAUUGAAUUGAAUAGUCUAAUUAUCGCAUUUGCUAAUUCAUUACCUCAGUAUUUUAAAGAAGAUGAUACGAUGGCAGCAAAAUCUUUAAAGGAGGUUUGUCCCCCUACUUGGUUUAAAAUAAGUCUAGAUGGCACUUUAAGUAUCCCUAAAUGGUUUGAUUUUACAAGGAGACGAAUAAUAUGGAGAUACAAAAAUAUUCAGAUAUUGAUGUUUAGAAGCUUUAUUUGGGAAUCAGGAAAGUUUUUUGAUAAGAAUGAAAUUGAGCUAAAUUAUUAUUCGGAUUCAAAAUUAAAUGAAUUAUUAGAUUCAUGUAUGAGAACUUGCUAUCAAGCAGCAAAAGAUACUAUAAACUCUAUUAGUGAUUAUGUAUCAACUUGUGAGGUAGAUAUUACAUCUUCAUGGUAUGCGACUUACUUUAUUUUUCAGGCUGUCUUGAUACCAAUACUAUUAAUCUAUAAAAGUUGUUCCAAAGCAUACAAUAGAGACGUCAAUCUGUGGAUAAAUGAUAUUGAACAAACUAAGAAAACCUUAAUCAGUUUGCAGGCGUUUAACAGUCUGGCUAAAAAUUUGGUUGAAACAGUUAGUCUUUUAACUCAACCUAUUAUAGAGAAUAUGAAUCAAAUCCACAAAGAUAGCGCCAUCGAUAAUAAUUCAAUUAUAGAAGAAAGGGACUCUCGCAAAGGUUUAGAUAUUUCCGAUCUUCCUUCUGCAACUAUAAAUUUAUUUUCAAAUGUGGGGGUUUAUUUUAGUUCCAGAGUUGAUUCUAGCAUGCUUACUAUGGGAUAUGAACAAUCUGAUCAAUUCAUCCCUGAGAAAUGUGAAUCUAAUGAAAAUAAGCGUAAUGAAGAAUUGUUGUCAUCAGAAGAAGCUGUUAUAAGCAACUUUUUACAACAAGAACUAUUCCCAAAUGAUCCGAUAUUUGAAAAUAGCCAACAAUAUCAACAUUACUACGGUUUUGAUUUUGAUAGCAAAGACGGAUAA